AUGGAAGAGAUCAGAUGCGUUUUGGAAACAAAGAGCGAAAGGAAAAUGUUGUCUAAAUUGGAGACAGAUUCCCUAAACACGCUGGAAUUUGCAGCGUUUACAAAAAAUAAGAAGGUAUGUUCUUAUUUAACUAUAAAAUGAUCUGAAAAUAGUAGCAACAUAAUUAAUAAAAAUUUAGUGCAUUACUACUAUUGAAAAAGGAUAGUGCAGGUUGUAGUUGCGCCUCUACUCAUUUCAGGACAUAUAAAUCUCAAAUUAUUACCGUGGAAGCAUCCCACCAGAGCCCCUAGUAUGCUCAUUCUUUCGAGUUCGGAUUAGCACCCCCCUACUGUUAACCUUGCUUCGCGCUUGUUGAUAUCAAAUUGACCAGCACAUAGAAUGGUAAAUAUUUGUGAGGUGCAGGAUGAAGAUUACUGAAGAAAAAGACCAAUAUUGGGCAUGAAGUCUCUAAAGAAAGAGAGAAAUCAAGAUCGACGUUAAGGUUAUCAUUUAGUUAAAUUUCGUCUUUUUUCUAAAAUCAGUUCAAAUGCUUUUGUAUGACGUUGCAAUCUCCAAAGUUAUCGUGUUGUCGAGAAAUUGUAGUUUGGGGGAUUUUUGUUGUAUGUUACGACGAAACGAUCUGCCCGCUUGCUUGCUUGCUUCCUUGAUUCUUUGCUUCUUUGCUUUCUUGCUUCCUUGCUUCCUUCCCUCCGAGCAUGCUGGGAGAUUAAUCAAUUACAUAUUGAUUGGAACGAGCUUCAAUUACUGAGGAUCGGCCUCAACACGCGAAUUUGCCAAAACCCGAUAACUACCAAGUUGGGUUUAAAUCAACUGAUCCAGGGUAUAAAUAUUUGGAGCAAAAAGUAGGUUUUACUUUGAUUAUCGUCCAUCAAGCUUAAACUGCGUUAAACUAAAUGCCAUGGUGGUGUGUUAUUGGAAAUCGCUGAAACAACAAUAAGAGCUAAUUUCGUUCAUAAAAUAUAUACAACUAACGACUCAUUUUAACCUUUCAGUUUGUCAGUCAUCCCUACAGCCUGCUGACACUAAAUUCCGAAAUAUACAAAAGCGCGCCGUUCCUGGAGGUGAAAAGUGUCUGGAAGGAGUUGGUGUUGAUGCUACUAGUGUCCGUCCUGUACCCACUGAUUUUCUUGGUUUGGUUCAUUUUUGAGACCUGUUUCCCCAGAAAUAAACUGACCAGAAUGUUUCAAUCAACUCGUGUAAAGUUUCUGCUUUACUGUGCCUCCUAUCAAACAUUUAUUUUCGUGCUGGCUUUCAUAUCUGCUACAAGGCAUUUGAAUUUUGAAGGAAUAGACUUCUUGGGAUUCUUGCUAACUGGUAAGAGCUGUGACAUAAAAUAUGGUAAUCUUUCACAAUAAAUGCGCUUUUUAGAGCUUCAUUUGUUGCAAUAGACUUUUUCCCAAAAGCUUCCCUUGGGGGAAAUUGGAUUUGGUUGGGUUCGCUCUGGUUUAGAUCAUUUUGUUGUUUGCCCAUUGAAGGGAAGGAAAAACUGGAACCCGAUUUCACUGUAACGUAAAAGUCCUUGUACACAUUGAAAACUGUUUAAAUCGUAAAACGUUUUCGGUCAUUUCACCCUUUGAAUGAAACCUCCACGUCAAUUAUUCUUAGUAAUAGCAGCGAUUCAGGACUCAAUUUUAAGAGUUUUGAAAAGACUUCGACUUCAUUCGCCCGUAAAUAAAAAGGCAAAAAGUCCAAAAAAUCGGUUCUAACGACUUCUGUUGUAAAGAAAACUUUCGGCUGUUCCAGGUGCCUUGAAUUUGUUAAACGUUAAAACAGUCAUCACAGCAGCGCUCGAAAUCCUAUUGUGUUGUCGAACGUUUCCCAGCGAGCAGCGCGUAGGAUUGGAUUUGGCGCUAACAUGAAUACAGCACGUAAACAACACUUGAUUUUUACUGUUUGGUACUUCGCUUUCUGGUGAUUGGUUGAGCUGCUUUGGGUUCUUAUUAACCCAUUGAACAAUGUCACGGGCAAUUCUUUUGUUCUUUUUACGUAUCUUUGGAAAUUUCCCUGAGGCAAUUUCACCUUAAGGAAAUCGUUCACACACAAAAAGGUGCUUCCCCCUGGGCCACAGCCAUUUGCCCAGGAGUAAAACCAUGUAAAACGGCUAGUGUAACCGUACCUAAUGUCAUGUUAUCGACGGUUUUCCUUCUUAUUUCCACAGUUUUGUUUUUUUACACGUAUAUCCCUGCUUUUGUGAUUGGUCUAACAGUGGAUAUUAUCAAGGACAUUGUCCAACAAGGAAGAGUCCGCUUUUUUUCUUACCAUUGGAACUAUGUGGCUGUGGCAACAGUGGUUUCAUACGGCCUCGGCAGCGCCCUUUGGUGGACUAGCCAAUAUUCGUCGCCGGAGGAGGAAGCCAAACAUUUCUCUCAGGCGCUUUUGAUAACCUCCAACUCCUUGAGGGCUUUGGCAAUCCUUCUGGCCUGUGUCCACAAUUUAUCAUUUUUUCAAGCAAAUACCAGUAUUGGUCCACUGCUAAGUGCAUUUACACAGAUGCUAGUUG